AUGUAGAGGUUUAGGUCUAGUUUGCCAAGUUAAAAUGUUAAAAGAUAGGAAGUUUUAUCUAAAUAUGGUAAAGAAGUGAUCAUUUUGUAAGUAAAAUUGACUCCAAUAAUUAUAUAAAUAUCCAAGAAAUUGUAAAUCUCAUGUGAAUUAGAAAAAUUAGAAAAUAAGGAGAUGUCAGAGCAGAGGAUCGAUUAAAAAAUUCUGAUAGUCUAGGGUAUUUAUGGUUAAAUAUUCAUUAAGUAAAUGGUCUUUUCUAUGAAUAGUUCAUAAGUAAGAUGAAGAAAUUAUUGAAUUAUUAGAAGAAGAACAACGAUAAGGUUGAGGAGAUAGCAAUAAAGGUAGCGAUAAUUUACCAUAAAAUUAGUUUAGCAGUAUGUCAUAGUGGGUUGAUUAAUGAGAAGCCAUUUGAUCCAGACUCAAUAUAACUGAUUCUAAUUUAAAAGAAGAGGAAGAAGACGAGGAAGAGGAGAUUAAGAAAAUACGCAGAAAAAUACUAAGAUCAGUAAAAUUAUAAAACACCUAUUUAACUUUGA